ACAAAUAUUUGCCCAGGAUAUAGGUCAUUUGAUAAGUGGACAGUCAAGUACAACAUAUUAUAAUACCUAUCAUUAUAAAAUUGUCAAGUUUCACGACGUAUCAAAACGGAAUUUACUUUUUCUGCCUGACAACAAUAUUAUUAAAAGAUGGCAGAGAGUGGCAGUGAAGGAUUUGAAACCCUGGAUGGUAUAGGUGGAGAUAUAGACGUUUGGGAUAAACGUACAUUAAAAGAAAAGCUUGGAGACGUUUCUGAUGGUGGGGUGUUUCGUGGAAAAGAUUUUAUCUACCCGCUCUGGAAGACGUUGCUUAAUAAAUGGUUGGCGUACAAAACCUCAAAAGUAUACCUUGUAACACCCUUUCUUGACGAGCAACGCAUGCAAGAGGUCUGCAGGAUAGCUUUGUUGAAUGAAGCAGACGAUAGAAUCGCAAGCUUUUAUGUGAGAGAAAAGUGCAAUUUCAGUAAAUCAAUCUCAGAUCUACAAGAAACUGUUACAGGUGAAAUAAAGUCAGACGACAAAAGCAAAAAGAUGCAGACGCGACUUGAGUCCAUAUACGAAAAGAUUGUGGACCCCGGGAAAACUUUCCAUGCCAAGUUUAUGUGUUGUGUCCGUGGAAGCAAAGCCGAAGUUUUCAUAACGAGCGCAAAUUUUCAUGGUUCUCACUUCGAUUGUAAUAAUUUGGAUACCGUUCAGUAUAUUACAACUACAAAAAAGAAUUUCGAAGAAAGAUUUUUACAGCCCUUGACAUGAUUUUUUUCUACUCCACCUCCAAGUCAUUCUCUUGGCAACACUUUCAGCAUAAAUCAAUCGGUUAGCGUGCGCCCGAGCAAAAUAAACGUCAGUUCCAGUUUAAAGCCGAAUAUUAGUAAAAAAAGUUUUAAGUUUUUUCCCAUUCUACUGUUUUAAGACGGUAUCACAUUUCUCUUGUUGGUAUCGGUUGUCGGUUUGUUUUAUCGCAUUUAUAAGUUUGGCAGACGGUAGAGGUUAGUAAUCCCAUCGUUCGUCUGCAACUUAUCAGUUUCUUUACAAUCAU